UCAAAAUAUUUAUUUUGUUUUAGAUUAUUUCAAACAUUAAUACUUUUCAAGCUUUUAUUGAAGAAAAAUACUAUUCCUUCCAUCAUUUUUGUUCUAAAUAUUUGCAGGACAUAUAAUUGUAAAUGGUCUUAUCAAGAGAAAAAAAAAAAACGAAAAGAAAAUGGAAAUGGGCUAGAUUUUUAGGCCAGACUGGUCGGUCAUGAAAAAAGCUAGAAGCCCAGAUGGCAGAUCAGAGAGUUUCCCGCUUCUUUAAUUUGUGGCGCCAAACAAAAUCCAAAUCCCAACCUGUUGUUUUUCUUUGACUCUUUUUCCACCCAUUUCAAAUACCCAGAUCUUAUCUUUUGAACUGGAGACUGUAAGAGAGAUGUUCGGAAGAGUCAGACCAUCGCCGUCGCCUUCGCCACUUGACAGCUUGGAGACUCCCCCUUCCAAGAUCAUCAAGGACGAUUCUCUCUCCAUCUAUGAGGCUACACUGAUGAAGCUUAAACUGGGUUCCCAACGUCACCUGAUUUCACCGCCAGUGGUUGCAGUAGAAGCUGACUGUGCUUCUGAAACUGUUCCGGAAACUAAAAGUGUUUUGAGCUCAGGGGCAAUGAACGUUGAAGCAACUUGUAGUUCUGGAACUGUCUCCGGGAGUUUUCAAGACAUAUCAUCCGAUGAGGCAAUGGUGAUCUAUACGGAUUGUUCUUUUGCAAGUGUUUCAAACAGUUCAAGUGAUUGCCAAUCGACAGGUAACUUGAAUUCACAGCAACGGAGCGAGGGUGUGUCGAUUCUUUACCUGUUUUCCAAAUUUAAGGAUUAUUACCGCACUCCAACAGUUGGUCAUGAAGCAAUGAUGACAGAGAAUGAUGGUUCUGCUAGUUUUUCGAGUUCUAGUGAGCGUCAAUCCUUGACCGGUAUAAAAAAGCGAGGGAACCUGGAAUUUAGCAAUAGCAGUUCUUUGCCUAGGUUGUGUUGAUGGAAGGAUACAAACAAUAGUAGUAUUACCUGAUUGAGUGCUUCAAUUUAUACUGUAUGUGUUGCAACGGUUUAUUCUGAUCUCUCCCUCUAGGAUCUUGGAGUGAAAAUGAGAGGAGCUUUGCCAUUCUAGUUUCUCAAACACUGUACUCUAAAAAAGCCAAACAUUCAUUUUAAAGGAUAUAAAGCAGCCUAGAUAGAUUCCUGCAUAUCAGGUGAAUUUCAAGCAGAGCUUCUGGGUUUGCUCAGGACAAGGUCCCUCCAUCUUUGGCAAGGGUGCUGAAGCCUGUGUGUGCUGGAUUCUCUGUUGCGUUUUCUUGUUUUUAGUACAAAGGAGUUCAUAACUUAAGGAUAACGGAAAGGGUUACACAUGUUUGCAUUUGAAUUUUAAACUUAUUAAAUACUAAUUUUUAAGAGUAGUUGUAUAAAGCAAUGAACUAAGCUCCCAAUUCCUCUAUACUGCUAUGUUUUAGUUACUUUUUAUUUUGCUUUUAUGUUUUAGUUACUGUCUUACCAAAAUUAAACCAAUUUGAAUAGCCUCGAGCUACAAUAAA